AUACAAAGAAUGCUGGCUAGUUCUUGGUUUUUCUGCUGCGAAUUAUUAAAUGAAAUUGAGCAAAGCCCUCUAAACCGCUGCCUAGCUAGGAGCCUGAGGUAGCCAUUAUGAAUACUCAACUAUUUUUCUAAGCCAAAGGAUUUAAAAAAAAAAAAAAAAACAGAAAAUAGAAGAUAGAAGGCAAGAUAUGGAGAUUGGUGAUACAAAAGAGAAUAUUGUAAUCGUGGGUGGUGGGAUAUGCGGCCUUGCCACUGCUCUUGCUCUUCACAGGAAAGAAGAAUUGAGAUGUUUGAAAAGGACUGAUCUCGUUGAUAUUUUGGCAAAUAGUUUGCCACGCAACACUCUUCAUUUGGGGUGUGAAGUGCUUUCUAUUAAGUUGGAUCCCAUAACUUCUUCUCCUGUUCUUCAACUUCAAGGUGGAAGACUUUUGAACGCCAAGGUUGUGAUUGGAUGCGACGGAGUGAACUCUGCCAUAUCAAAUAUGAUGGGGGUGAGGGCUGAGAAAAUUUUCACCAUCAGUGUGAUAAGAGGCUUCACGAGUUAUCCAAAUGGGCAUGAACUCGGCUCUCAGUUCAGAUUAACCAAAAAAGAUGAUACUCAGGUGGGACAGCUGCCAAUGACCGAAAACCUAGUUUAUUGGUUCAUCACUCGAAAAUAUACUUGUCAAGAGUCAAUGGCCUCCAAGAGCCAGAAACUGAUCCGGAACUUGGCAGUGGACUCAGUGGAGGGCUUCCCUACAAGCAUCAUAGAGAUGGCAAAGAAUUGCGAGCUGGAUUCUUUGCAUCUCACAGAGUACUUGAGA